AUUUCCGCGCAUUUAAGAAGUGGCGCUUUUUGGGCCUUUCAUUUUAUCGCGCAGUGUGGGUGUAGAUUUCUACUGAUCAUUUGGUACUCCUUAAUCAAAGCUUCCUACAUGGAUAAAAAACUGGCUGAAUCUAUUGAAGAAUGGAUGAAGCAUGACAAGAAUGAAAACACUCGCUCACAAAUCAAGUUACUGAAAGAUAAAGAAGCGUGGAAUGAGUUACGAAAGUUAUUGCUAGAAAGAAUGGCAUUUGGGACUGCUGGAUUACGAGCAAGAAUGGGACCAGGAUAUUCUCAGAUGAAUGACCUAACAAUUAUACAAACAACUCAGGGUUUACUUAAGUAUUCGCUAAAAACAUUCUCAGGUCUCAAGUCAGAUGGAAUUAUAGUUGGUUAUGAUGCUCGACAUAAUAGCAAAAAAUGGGCGCUUAUUGUCACUAAUAUAUUUAUUAAUGCUGGCUGUAAAGUGUACUUGUUCAAAGAUACAUUCCCAACUCCUAUGGUCGCAUUUGGUGUUAGGCUUUUCAAAACAGCCUUGGGUGUUAUGAUUACUGCAUCACACAAUCCGAAAGAUGACAAUGGUUACAAAGUUUACUGGUCGAAUGGAUGUCAGAUAAUCAGUCCCCAUGACAGUGGUAUAUCAAGUUGCAUCCUUGAAAGCUUGGUACCUUUGGAAACUUCAUGGAACAUAGAUAAUAUUGAGGCGAAUCCUCUCUGCUUAGAUCCAAUGCCUAGGCUUUUGAAAACUUACUGUCGACUACAGAAGAGUAGACUUUGUUUUACAGAAUCUGAAAAUAUAAAAUGCAAAACCCCUUUUGUGUAUACGCCUAUGCACGGCGUAGGUUGGGAAGCAGUUAAAGCACUAGUUUCGUGUUUUGGGUUUCCUCCACUUGAACCAGUUCCUGAACAGAUAAUGCCUGAUCCAGACUUUCCAACUGUUGACUAUCCAAAUCCAGAAGAAGGUCGUUCUGCACUCAAUUUAGGUAUUAAACAUGCGGAAUCUAUUAAAAGUACCAUCAUUUUUGCCAAUGAUCCAGACGCUGAUAGACUAGCAGUUGCUGAAAAACAAACAUCUGGUCAAUGGAAAAUUUUCAGUGGCAAUGAACUUGGAGCUUUAUUUGGUUGGUGGUUAUCUUUGCAGUGGAAAAUACACAAUCCUCAAGUAAAACCUUCCAGUGUUGCUGUAUUAUCUAGUACUGUGUCUUCUAAAAUAUUAAAAACUAUUGCCGAACAAGAAGGGUUUCGAUUUGAGGAAACUUUAACUGGUUUCAAAUGGUUGGGUAAUCGAUCCUGUGAGCUUGAGUCGCAAAAUAUUAAAACAAUUUUCGCUUUCGAAGAAGCUAUAGGUUUUAUGUGCGGUGAUGUUGUCUGGGAUAAAGACGGUGUUGGGGCUUUAGCAGUUAUGGCUGAACUCACUUCUUAUGUUUAUCAUAAAGGAAAACUAUUAUCUGAUCAAUUAAUAGAGAUUUAUAACAUUUAUGGUCAACAUAUUUCCAAUAAUGGUUAUUACUUUUGUCAUGAACCGGAGAAAAUUGUUAAAAUGUUCAAUCGCAUACGUAAUUGGCCUAAUGAACCUGGUCCUAAAGGCUAUCCUCAAAAACUUGGUCGAUUUCAAAUAACUGGUAUACGGGAUUUAACAGUUGGUUAUGAUGAUCAUUAUCCAGACUUAAAACCGGUAUUACCUGUUAGUAAGUCAAGUCAGUUGAUUACUUUCGAUUUCUCAAAUGGUGUGACACUAACGCUUCGUACAAGUGGAACUGAACCAAAAAUUAAAUAUUAUUCUGAAUUGAGGUCGAAACCUGGGAGCGAAGCAUCUGUGGAAUCUUUAACAAAUGAACUUCAAGAACUUGUGAAUAAAAUGAUUGAAGAAUUUUAUGAACCUGAAAAAAAUAGUUUCCUUCCUCGUGUGGAUUAAAUUGACGUUGUUAUUUACUUAUUUGUUUUAGUUGUUUAUUAGUUUAAAGGAAAAAAAAUCAUGCUUUGUUUUUUUUUGUUGUUGUUCUAUGUACUUUUGUUUGUUCACUCUUUGUUAUUGACCUUUUUCUCUAUUUUGUUUAUUUAUUUAUUAGUUCACUAAUUUAAUAAAUUUUGAAUGAUAUUUUCUGUUAAUUUGUAGCUUUGAUUUUCAAUUUCAUUUUGAUGAACAGAAAAAUAAAGUGUUUUAAUUAUUUGUUAUUGUGGUUUAAUGUUAAUUAUUUCUGUUAUAUAUGACUGAAUCUACUGG